UUCUCUAGAGGGCGGAUCCAAACCGCCCGAUCCUAUUGGACGCCAAGCGUUACCAUGGUUUCGAUAGACCAAUAGACGAGCCCAUGAUGUUUUGUUGAAUCUGUGAAGGAAACGGAGCAAGACAGACAAUAUGUCGGCCUGUCGGAUGCUUCACUUUCCAACUGACGGUACUUAAUGAAGCGUGCUACCACUGGUCGACCCCUUCGAGUGACACGUGGCCGCAGUCGAUCCCCUUGUGAUAGAUAACUCGCAACUGUUUCGUUACGGUGGAGUCCGAGCCGAGGAAAGCGCACUUUUUGGCAGCAAUUUUAUUAAUUCAAGGAACAGGAAAUGAAGCCUCGGGGAAUUGAUACUUCGUAGAAGAUGGACUAGCGAUGUAUUCUUUUAUCAGAGACAACACGGCAUCUCAACAGAUGGCUCUAAAGUCACCUUACCAAGCUCCACAUCCUCUCGGACAUCUUUUGACUCGCCCGCCUUUUGCGAUGUUGCCUUUCUAUGGGAAUGCCGCUUCUCUCUACCGUUUCGGCACCGGGCUAUCUACCACAUCUCAAGACGUGUGCCGCCCUUCGGCAUCCACCGUUUCUGACGUCACUUGGCCUCCUAUGCUGACGGGUCACACGCCUUGGAGUGAGCAGCUGGCUAACAUUGCAGCUAGAAACCAAGCGGAAACAUCAUUGGCACAAGGCAGGAAGAAGGCCUGGAGGCCCACUUUUUCCGGUCAUCAGAUUUACGUUCUGGAAAAGACAUUCGAGCAAACUAAAUAUCUAGCAGGACCAGAAAGGGCUAAAUUAGCAUACGCCCUUGGAAUGUCCGAAAGUCAAGUUAAGGUAUGGUUCCAAAAUCGAAGAACCAAAUGGCGGAAAAAGAAUGCGGCCGAAAUGGCCAUAGCUAAAUCCAAUUCGACAGACUACGAGUCAACUCUCACCUAUUCACAGAACGAAGUAUGGCGUCCGUCAAGUGAUUUGAAAUCGGCGUGAUGUCCCUUUUCAUGUUAUAAAGGGGGAAGGACAUCUCGACAGGUGGCCGAGAACAUCGUAAAGAACAGUUUUACGAGAGAGCGAAGUUACUCUCCACGCAAGAACCUUAAUGUGUUGGAGAUCUUGCUAUGUAACUCGCCGACAAAAGGUAACUGCCUCCUUAAUGCACCAUCGUCGACUCCAACUAUACAAAUCACAUACACCUCGGGCUAUCUUGCCUAGUCUAAUAGCUGUAGUUAAACGGCGGGUGGGAGUUGUGGCUAGUCUCUUUCACCCACGCCUUUGUCUUGUCGGAUGAGGGAAACAGUCUGUUGUAGAAAAUUAGAAGCUUAUUGUACAAACUAAGAUUGCUGAAACAGUUACUUGUAAAAACAUAAUUUUUUUCUUUGCGUUAACGUGAAAAUGUUCCUGAAUAGGUAAAUUAAAUUCUUUUCAGAAAAAGAAUAUCUUUAUAUAUACAUAAAAUAUAUAUAAAUAUAUAUAUCUAUAUAUCUAUACGUAAUUAUUCAGUUAGAGAAAAAAAAAACUUGGAAUUUUUUGCAUAAACUAAUAAUUGGUUUGCACUAUUAAAUUUAGGGAUAUGUUGAUGGAACCAUUUACGAAAUCAACCAAAGAGCAAAUAUAAAAUAGAAGACUACUCGAAACGAAGAAGUAUAUCUCUUGUGUUGGUUUGAAGUGGUGUUAUACACUUAUAAAUUGCGUAUUCGUAAUUGUAAUAUGCGAGAUUCUGGCCAGCAAGUUGGAUUACUUCAGCAUCUUCUUUAAUUGUAGAUGCUUCUGUAGAAAAAAGAAAAGUUUCCUUUAUUCGAUUUUUGUAACUAAUCCAGUGAUAAUUCAAUAAAUGCUUUCAGUGUAA